ACUACAGACAUGUGGGCUUCAGUACUCACAGUGCUCAGCCUAGUGACCUCAUUGGCUAAUGCUGCUGACACCUGCCCAGAAAUAAAAGUUGUGGGAGUUGGAGACUCGGACAAGUUGACCAUCCUCAGAGGUUGUCCUGGGAUUCCAGGUCCUCCGGGUCAAAAAGGAGAUGCUGGGUCAGCUGGAGAGCAAGGGUUAAAGGGUCUUUCAGGAAGUGCAGGAAAGGCUGGCCCACCUGGGCAAAAAGGUGACACUGGUUCCUCUGGAAUAAAGGGAGAGAAAGGAGAAAAAGAAGAUUUCGGCAAAGCAGAGCCCCAGUACGUUGCGAGGAACUGUAAGGAGCUGUUGGAUCAGGGAGAGGUCCUAAGUGACUGGUACACAAUAUACCCAGAUGGCGAGCGACCCCUGAAGGUGCUGUGUGAUAUGCACACCGAGGGAGGAGGCUGGAUUGUGUUUCAGCGGCGUUGGGACGGUUCUGUUGACUUCUUCCGUGAUUGGGAAUCAUACAAGGCAGGAUUCGGCAGCCGCCUAAAUGAGUUCUGGUUGGGAAACGAUAAUAUUCACAAGAUAACGUCAGCAGGCACAUGGGAGCUGCGUAUAGAUCUUCAGGACUUUGAGAGCACAAAACACUUUGCCAAAUACACAACCUUCCAACUCCUGGGAGAGUCUGAGAAAUAUAAGUUAUUGCUUGGAGCCUUCACGGAGGGCACUGCGGAGUUGAUGGCGAAUAGUGGGUUGUCAGGCAGUAUCAUGGCAUGUUUGGGAGGUGAAGGAAUUCUGCACCUGUGAAGGAAAUAUAGAGAGUGUAAGUAUAAGGUAAUGCAAUAUGAAAUCAAAAUAAAACAAUACAGAAAGACAAUGAAGAAAUAGAAACCACCAGGGAGGGAAAAAGGAGUGGGUUAUGGGUAUACAGGCUACGAACGGGGUGGCCAUCAAGGUAGAUGAUGGUCCAUGGUCUCUCCGUGGCCAGUUUCCCAAUGUAGGAAAGUUCUAGACGAUCCUAGGGACGUAGUGCAUCCUGCAUAGGGAUAAGACAGGGAAUUUUAGGGCACAGCUGGUGGGUAGACAAUAACAUUGUGAGGUCAAAAGAGACAUAGAGUAGGAGAGAAGUAGGUGAACUCAGAAGAAAUCAGGGUCAAGAGAGAUCUCAACAUGGUGGGGAGAUUCAAAACAGAUAGAGGGAAACAAGUAUUUGGGAGAAGAAUGAGACACAGUGAAAACAUUCUUGCAUGUAGAGAUUAGACCAGGUACACAUUGUAUACAGCAACACAUCAGGAUAAGGCAUACUAUAAUAACAAUGCCAUACAGAAAAAGGGAGUGUAACCAUCCCAAAUUAGGUAGCCAAUCAAAGAGAUGGUUAAAAAUACCUCCAAGGCCAAAUUUGUCAUCAAUCACAUCUUGGACAUCCUGGGAUAGGGACCUAAUAACUGUGAGAUGGUGACUCAAAUUAAGUGAUUGAUCAGUAACAUAGGUACAACAUUCUUUGCUCACAAGACUACACCCCCCUCCCCUCCUUGGGAUGCCAGGAGGUAACUAGGGCUAUCCUAUUUUGCAAUGCUAGUUGUCUAAGCUGCUUCAACUCUUGGGCCACACUCUGAACAACUCCUGCACUCUCAUUCAUGAAGGUCUGUAGUGUCACAGAUAACAUGAUGAUGUCCUGAUGAUUCAGGUAGACACCAAUGGCCGGGAGGAUAGCUCGACCAGUUGAAUCUCCAGCAUACUGUUGGACAAGGGGGGGCAGCAAGCUUUCAGAUUCACGUUUAUUGCGAAUUGGGCCCAAGGGCAGCGUGGGGACAACACGGAUGGCUGGGGUUAUCACACCCAGGAAGCAGAUGGCUGUAGAGUUACCAGGGAGGACUGACACCGCUGUCUGUCCACAUAUCAAUACAACCCAGGGUGUGGUCUGCUGAGGAAAGAUUGUACAAGGGAUGGGGAAACAAAAGUACAAUUGGGGCCCUGGAGGAAACAAAAAAAGUGCAGUGAGAUUAUGAUUCACAGUCAGGAUCAUUCCAGAGAAAUUUACCAGCUGGAAAUGAGUGCCAUUACUGGAGACUACAUACUCACAUAGGGAGGCACCCAACCGCACCGUAC